GAAUUGACAAAGCUCUUUGACUGAGCACCUACAUUAGUCAAUCCUCUUUGCAGCUACAUUUCAAGAUCGUGUCAUAAUCAUUAUUAUUUAUUGGUGUUAAUAUAUUGUUAUCAUGAUGCGCAAAAAUCAGAUUUAUUGUUUAUUCUCGUCGAGAAUCAAGUGUGCUUUGAGGGGGAAUAGUUCGUGGAGACGAAAAAGGUCCUCUCGAGGACUGGAUGGACUCAACGUCCAAAGAUGUUACUCCACCGAAUCGACCGACCUGAAAGAGUACAAAUUUCCGAUCGAGAGAAUCAGAAAUUUCAGUAUCGUAGCUCACGUAGAUCACGGUAAAAGUACUUUAGCUGAUCGCUUACUGGAGAUGACAGGCGCCAUAAGAACGAAUUCUGGAGCUCAAGUACUCGACAAACUACAGGUGGAGAAGGAGCGAGGGAUAACAGUGAAAGCUCAAACAGUCUCUUUAAAAUACAAUUACAAGGGAGAAGAGUAUAUGUUAAAUUUAAUAGACACCCCAGGUCACGUAGAUUUUGCCAGCGAAGUCCAUCGGUCUUUAUCGGCGUGUCAGGGUGUUAUUCUCGUUGUAGACGCCAACGAUGGAGUUCAAGCACAGACCGUCGCCAAUUUUUACCUAGCUUUUGGAAAAGAUUUAGUGAUUAUUCCGACGAUCAAUAAAAUUGAUCUGAAAAAUGCCAAUCCAGAGAGAGUCGUUAAAGAAUUGCAUUCGCUGUUUGAUAUUGAGGAGAAAGAUGUCAUAAAAAUUUCUGCCAAAAUGGGCCUCAAUGUAGAUAAGGUACUAGAGGCUGUGGUGGAGAAAAUUCCACCCCCUCAAGUUGAUAGAGAUAAACCGUUCAGAGGACUGAUCUUUGACAGCUGGUACGACAAAUAUCGAGGGGCUAUUUCACUGAUUUACCUGGCCGAAGGAUCACUGUCUACUAAACAACAUAUCAUUUCCAUUCACACGGGAAAAUCGUACGAGAUCAAGGAACUCAUCAUCCUGAGGCCUGAAGAGGAACACGUCAAGACACUUUAUGCAGGACAAGUUGGCUGUAUUGCCUGCAACAUGAGAUCUUCGGCGGAUGCACACAUUGGAGAUACGAUUCAUCUGAAAAAUAUGCCCGUGGAACCUUUGAUUGGAUUUAAUCCAGCUAAAGCGAUGGUUUUCGCUGGUAUUUAUCCGAUGGAUCAAUCUCAGCAUUUAUCCUUGAGAAAUGCGAUUGAGAGACUCGUCUUAAAUGAUAGCGCUGUCAGUUUGUCGAUAGAAACAAGCCCGGCUCUGGGGUUGGGCUGGAGACUGGGAUUUUUAGGAUUACUUCACAUGGAAGUGUUCUGUCAGAGACUGGAACAGGAGCACGGAGCUUCUCCGAUCAUUACGGCCCCGAGUGUUACUUAUAAAGCGAAAAUUAUCGGAAAACAAAAUAUUAAAGAUCAUGGUAGUGAUGAAAUUACAUUUAACAAUCCGGCGCAUUUUCCCAAUCCACAAAUUGUUACGGAAUUCAUGGAACCGAUGGUAUGGGGUACUAUUAUUACUCCAACGAAAUAUCUUGGUCCUGUUAUGUCCCUCUGCCUCGAAAAACGCGGGGUGGAACAGUCAACGAAACACAUUGACGAUAAUCGAAUUAUUUUACAAUUUAUCCUACCGCUUAGUGAAAUUAUCAUUGACUUUCAUGAUGGGUUGAAAUCAUUGAGCUCUGGAUAUGCCAGUUUUGACUAUGAGGAUCAUGGAUAUGUAGCAACAAAUCUUGUGAAGUUGUCAGUUCUUUUGAAUGGAUUAUCGAUUAAUGAAUUGAGCACAAUUGUUCAUACUAUGAGGGCCAAAGAAGUGGCCAAACACAUGGCUAAAAAACUCCUUGAAAUUAUACCCAGACAGCAAUUUCUUGUGGCAAUUCAAGUGAGUGUUGGAGCCAAAAUAUUAGCCCGAGAAGAUUUAAAACCAUAUAGAAAAGACGUCACCAGCAGAUUGAAAUCUGGAGGAGACGUACAAAGGCGACGAAAGCUUCUACAACAGCAAGCAGAAGGUAAGAAGAAGCUGAGGAUGGUGGGGAAUAUUUCCCUUCCCAGAGAAACUUUCAUCGAAGUUUUAAAACGAUAAAAAUGUGAAUAGUAUUCAUGUAUAAAUUGAACAAAUAAAGGUCCUUUAUUUUAUAAAA